CGGCGUCAACUGGAAGAGCGUCCUGUCCCGAGAAAGUACGACGCAGUUCUUGCUACUACAACAAACCGCGUUGCGGUUGAUGACCAAUUCGUUCCGUGGUAGGAAGUGAAACUUCAACUGUCCACCUUUAUGCGGUGUCCACGUUUAGGCAACUUUACCCUAUUAGGUGUUGAUGGAAUGUAAUGAAACGACGACAUGGUGUUCUCUUGUUUGUCAUCGUAUCACUUAGUUUUUGCCUUUUUCAAGUCGUUUACGUCUUGUUUACGGCUUCAAAUGAUUGCAAGUGUAUGCUGAACGUUGUUCAAGUAUUUUUGUCUACGUGUUCGAAGCACGGUGUUAGCCCGUUUCUUGUUGAUCCUGACGUGUUGGAGGGUUGGCAAGAGUUUCAUUUCAAACAUGAGUCAAAGGCUGGUUUGGUUGUAGCAGACGAUGGCAUACAGCAUUUCUGUAAUAGAAAGAUGGUGACGUUUGCGGUGUUGGCUACUGAAUGGCCAUCGGCUACGCAGAAGUGGAACAUGAAAUUGCUUCUUCGAGACUUCAAAGAGCUCAGCUUUCUAUGGACGAACACGACCGGUCCUCAUCCAAGACUGUGGAGGGUCACCGAUCUUGUCAAACAAGAACCAUCACCUUACCACUUUGUUUUCUGGCAAGCCAGUCUUGCUCUACAUCUCGUCAUUUUUUAUUCCCGAGGACAAGAAAGUUAUAUGUGGCAUGCUCCAACCGACCUACAGUUGUUUCGUGAAUACAACCUCGCUCAUCCUGCUGUUCAACCAGUAGAAGAACAGGGAAGAACACACGUCCAUUUUCCACUCACAGCAGGAACGUACGAGAGAUUUGAUUUGACGACGAUUGUUGUUCAUGAUAUUCUCUUUCACUCCCCUCGGGACGUGGCGUCUUUUCUCUCCCAACAACGCGCUUCUCGCUUCCUCGAAUGCGACGCCAAGAGCGCUCGUCAAUUUUACGAAAAAUAUCCGAACCAAGUGAGUGACGACGAACUUGAGUUUUUGGUUCAAGCUCGACAACUAUUAGCGCUAGGAAAGUCAGUGAUGGAGAAUGUUGGAAUUCGAUUCUGGCUGAGCAGUGGAACAUGCCUAGGAUGGUUUCGCCAGUGCAAUCUCAUCCCCUACAGUCGCGACGUCGACUUCGGCGUGUGGAUUAAAGAUUACGACGAGCGUCUAGUGCAGGCCAUGCUCGACCGGGGACUCACUCUUAAGCAUCGAUUCGGAAAGGUUUCCGACGGUUUCGAAUUGUCGUUCGUCUAUUUUGGGCUGAAACUCGACCUGUUCUUUUUUUACGAAGAGAGCGACCACAUGUGGAAUGGCGGAACGCAGGCGAAAUCGGGCAAGAAGUUCAAGUACACAUUUCCGAAGUUUACGCUCUGCUGGACAGAACUGGUUGGGGUGAGAGUGCGGGUACCUUGUGAGACGUUGUCGUACAUUCAAGCGAAUUAUGGACGGAAUUGGGCGGAGCCUGUCCGGCAUUGGGACUGGAAAAGUAGCCCUAGUAAUGUGAGAGAAGUCGGCACGUGGCCCGAACGCGAGUGGCCCGAGGUUAUUCAAGUGUUUUCCUAGUCG